CUAACCCUCGGCCGAAGUUUCAGCCGCCGGUCGGUGGAAGAAACCCCGUUAAAAACGGCGACUGUGCGGAUAAAGAGAAGACACACCAGCUUAACGGGCUGUGAAGAUGAUUAAUUACAGGAGGUGCAUUGAACUGGCUUCACGUCUUCUUAACAAGUAUAAUCCAGACAAUCAGAGUCUCGAGCAUUUGCUGGAAGAAUCAUCAAAGGAUCUGGAGAGUUUGAAGAAUGCAGAAGAAAGAUUUGUAAUUGAGAUUCUUGCGGAAAGUACUCAGUAUAAACCCCUCCUGGACAUUGUUGUUGAUGGUUUCUAUGCUAGAGAUGGGAAGUGUUUCCUUCUGUCUGAACACUGUUUGUUCGUUGUGAUUGCUUACAUAGCCACCUUUAAACUGGACGAAUACGGUUUUGAAAACAUUACCAAAAUUAUAAAGUCCCAGGAUGUCACCAAAAUGCGCAAGUUUCUCAGUUUUUUCUUUGAUGAUCUGAAUCUGAACACUUGGAUAAAAGAUGAAUGGAGCCAGAUAUACGAUUCAAAUUAUGUCAAGAAAAACUGGAUUACGCCUUUACUAAGGUGGCAACCAGAAAUACAGAAUUUGAUAGAUAAUCUGGAUAAUAAAGCGGUGAACGGAAACAGUCCAGUAAAAAGCACCAAAGUAACUGUAACAAAAGAGUUUAAUUUGACUAAACCCAAGCCGAGGGCUUUACUAAUGCCACAAAGGAUACCCUCUCAGCAGCCACAUCAACCGGUUCCAGAGAGUACGUACAAAACCCCAAAGGAGCAGGAAUUGCUGCAAGGAAAGAAGGCAAAAAAUCGUCAAAAGGCAGAGAAGCUACUAACGGAAGCAAAUACAGAACAGUUUAAAUGUGCCAACAUGGACAAGUCUAAAAAGACAAAGCGUAUUUUAUCUGAAAUAAUAAAAGAAGAGGAAAACAAACUGGCAUUUAACAAAACAAAGGCCAACCCAACACCGGUACACAAGAGUGACAAUGUACCAGUUAGACUAAAUGCUACGGCCAUUUUAAGAGAGGGAGCCCUCUACCAGCGCCAAGUGGAGGAAGAGUUACGGAGAGUUGAAAGACUGGUGGAUGGAGCCCGGGACCCGAGCGAGUUUCUGGAAUGGCAGCGGCAGAUGCGGGAGAAGGAUCUCGAGAAUCAGCUGGCGGAGAUUGAGUGCCGGCGUCUGGAGGGGAAGCUGAGUCGCGAGGAAGCACUCUUGGCCCGGCAGAAUCUUAUCCAGGAAAACAAGAAGAAAGCUGCAAUGAAAAAAGAAGAGACGGAAAAGCUGAUGCGUCAGUAUGCAGAGAAGCGUCUUCAAGAGGAGAAGGACAUGAGGGACCUAGUAGAGCAAGUUGCUGAGGGACACAAACAUGCCAAGCAGGCCCGCGUCAAGCUGCAGAAAUACAAGCAACAAAUAGUGCAGGAGGUGACCGAGGAGAGCCGGGAGCUCCUUCGCCAAGCUUUAGAGGAAGCAGAGGAGGAACUAAAGCGCAAAUUUGAGCUGAUUCGAGAGAUUCGAGCGAUUGAGUCUGCGCCUUGCAUUAGACAUAAGUUUGUGGACUUUACAGAAACUGCUGGGCAUGGAUUGAACUGUGAGAUGUCCUUGGUGGAGUUGCAUGAGCGUCUGGCAUUAGCCAAGGAGGCCCAGAGGAAAGAGGAGGAGGACAGACGGGAUCAGAUCCUUCAAGAAAAGCAGUCAAAGCAGCAACUCCUCUUGGACACGCUGGAACAAAUCUCCCUACACCGAGCCGCCAUGGGGAAGGGAGCUGCUCUAAAGCUAGAAGAAAAGAAAACGAAGUCUCAGCUGAGUAAAGCUAUUGCUGCAAAAGAUGAUCGUGUGGCAGAACUGCAACGAAAACUGGAGGAGAAAAAGUCAGAACGUAAAAAGCAGGCAAAGAUGUUGGAGUUAACCCCUCAGCGGACUCGGCCGUCCAAGAGCUCUUUUGAAGAACGUCACUGGAGAGAAUUGGAAGAAACUCGCGAGCGCCAGGCUCAGCUCCUUCAACAUGGCGUUCUGGGUAAAGGAGCAGCUCACAUGAUCACAGCGUAUCGGGCGGCGACAAAUGGAACAUCUAGCGCUUGUAUGCUGACAUCAUAAGCAUUUAUUUCUACAUCUGGACCCAGUUAAUAAUUCUAAAAUACAGUUUUCUAUUUAUGAAA